UGGUGGGGAGAGAGAUAGUGAUAAGGGAAUUCGAGGAAGAAAGAGAUGUGAAAGUGGUGGGGAAGCUUGAGAGGAACUGUGAGAUUGGGACUAAACAGGGGGUCUCCAUUUUCACCAACAUGUUUGCUAAUCACCCUUUUUCUAGGAUCUCCUUCUAUCCUCUUCGUCUCAUCUUGGUGGCUGAGAUGGUAGAAAGUGGUGAGAUUGUUGGAGUGGUUCGAGGAUGCAUUAAGACGAUAGGCUCUCAUUCUGGAUCGCUCUUCAAGAUGGGUUGUGUUCUUGGCCUUAGGGUUUCUCCUACUUAUCGAAGAAAAGGCGUAGGACAAAAGCUAGUGAGCUCAGUAGAAGAAUGGAUGGUGAGAAAUGGAGCGAAGUACUCAUUCGUAGCCACAGAGAAGAACAACACUGCCUCCACUAACCUUUUCUCUCUCAAAUGCCACUACCUCAAUCUCACUUCCCUCCUCAUUUUCGUCCAACCCACAAGUUUCCCUCACAACCACGUCUCCGCAGCCACCGCCACCAGACAGGUCAAAAUACAGAAGCUCAACAUAGCCCAAGCCAUCUCCUUGUACACCAGAACCUUGAAACACAAAGACCUAUAUCUCACAGACAUGGACCUUAUCUUGAAGGAGAAGCUCAGUCUCGGAACUUGGGUCACUUACUACAAAGACGAUGGUAAUUGGGAACUUGAUAAUGAAACCAGUAAUUUUCCAACCUCAUGGAUUGUGUUUAGCUUAUGGAACACCUGUGAAGCUGAUAAGCUUCACGUUAGGUCAAAGUCUAAGCCAUUCAGGGUUCUAAUUCACUCGACUCUGAACCACGCAAGAGAUAAGAUCUUCCCUUGUCUGAGAAUCCCUGUGAGUGACUCGCUCUUGAGACCCUUUGGGUUUCUCUUCAUGUAUGGGCUCCAUGGAGUGGGAGACAACCUCGGAGAGCUCAUGGAAUGUGCGUGGAGGUUCACGUCGAGGUUGGGAGAAAGCAUGAAGGAUUGUAAGGUGGUUAUAACUGAGUUAGGGUUUGGAGAUCCUCUUGCGAAGCUUGUGCCUCGAACAGCUUCCAUGUCUUGUAUCGAUGAUCUGUGGUAUAUUAAGAGGCUUUCAGGACUGAGUGAUGAAAAGGAUGAUGACGAUGACGAUGAAGUGUUGUUGAAGGGACAAGUAAGGAACGUGUUUGUUGAUCCUAGAGAUUUUUAGGUAUAUUAAUCAGCCACGUACAUCUACUACUAAGUUGACCGAAAUGGUGUCCAAGUUAAAUAUAAUUUGGCUCUUAUAUGUAUGUAAUAAUGUGUAUAGUAUAAAACUGAUCCAUGGUCAUGUUACAUGUAUGUAUCUGACAAAGU